AUGGUCAAGAUUGCAGUUGCUGGAGGCUCCAGCAGUGUUGGACAGGAAGUCAUCGAUGUCCUCCUUUCAACUAACAAGCAUGAGCUCUUGCUUCUAUCCAGAAAAGACGCUCCAGCUGAUGAAGCCAUCCAAGGUGUCACCUGGGUCAAGACAGACUAUACCGAUGUCAAUCUGUUGGCUGAAGCCCUCCAGGGAGUGAAUACGGUACUCUCCUUUGUGACGGAGCAAGAUAUCGCCAGCCCGAUACAGAAGAAUCUUAUCGACGCUGCGAUCCAAGCCGGUGUCAAGCGCUUUGCACCCAGUGAAUGGGCCUCGGCCAGCACGGCACACAUGAGCUGGUAUGCGUAUAAAGAAACCAUCCGCCAGUAUCUCAAGGACAUCAACAAAGAUAAAAAGGUUCUCGAGUACACCCUAUUCCAACCUGGAUACUUCAUCAACUAUCUGACCAACCCUUACCCGUCGGCCAAACACCUCCAGCUUGUCGAAAUUCCCUGGGACUUUCAAAACCGCCGGGUGAUUUCUGUGGAUGGAGGUGAGAACGCGCGCCUCACGAUGACUGCAGUGGAGGAUCUUGCCAAUGUCGUAGCCCGCGCCAUCGAAUUUGAAGGCGAAUGGCCUGUUGAUGGUGGUAUCCGAGGAAACGACUUGACGAUUGGUGAAUUGAUUGCUCUCGGAGAGAAAGUCCGCGGUGGCAAACCUUUUACCGUUGACAAGGUCAAGGAAGAAGAUUUUGUGAGCGGUGAAUGGCAAACUUCGUGGAUGCCGGCUCUGAAUCACCCCUCUAUUCCUCAAGGUAAUCUCGAAGCUGUGGGGAGGUUCAUCCUUACCGGGAUUCUGCUGGGCACAAACGCCAAUGCACUGCAUGUCUCUGACGCGUGGAAUCGGUUGUUACCGGACUACGAGUUUACAUCCAUUGACGCAUUUCUGAGUAAGGCUUGGAAAGGAAAGCCCUGA